UAUAGCUCUCCGGCACAGUGAGCACCUGAAGGCACAGAGGCAAUGGAUACUGCCACUGGAGGGUCUCUCAAGCUGUGGCUAAACCUGCUUUUUAUCUCUCUGGGUGUCGCGCUAGUGGCCACUCAGAAAUCUGUUGUGUCCUUGAACCCACCAUGGAUUAGAAUAUUUGCAGGAGAUAAAGUGACUCUUACAUGCCAUGGGAACAAUUCCGUUCAAGAGAACUCUACUAAAUGGUUCCACAAUGGCAUGAUCUCUAAGGUAACAACUUCAAAUUGGGACAUUGCCAGUGCCACCAUUCAAGACAGUGGAAAAUACAUAUGUCAGAAGCAAGGAUUUUACAAGAGCAAGCCUGUGUACUUAGAAGUGACAAAAGAUUGGCUGCUCCUUCAGACUUCUGCUGAUAUGGUAUUAGACAAUGAGUCCUUCGACAUCAGAUGCUAUGGCUGGAAGAACUGGAGUCUCCACAAGGUGACCUACUAUAAGAAUGACUUCGCUUUCAAGUACUUUUAUGAAAGUCCCACAAUCUCCAUUAGAAAUGCCAAACUUAAUGACAGUGGCGCCUAUCACUGCGUUGGCUUUCUUAGGCGGGUGAACUAUACAUCUGAGAAAUUCAGAAUUACUGUAAUAAAAGUUUACAAAAGCACGUAUCAUUGGCUACAACUAAUUGUCCCACUGUUGGUGGUGAUUCUGUUUGCUGUGGACACGGGAUUAUUGAUCUCAACCAAGAGACAGUUCAAACUAAUCUUGAAGAUUCAGAAAACAGGAAAACGCAACAAACCUUGAAACUUAACUCCAAACCUAGGCACAUAAAGGAACUGAUCACAUUGCUGAAGAGACAAUUCUUAACUAUAAUUUUCUACAGUCCUCAAUAGUAUCUCAUCUGUCAAAGGACACUCACAUUAGCCACAGAAAAGUCUAUGCCCCAGUAUUUGCAUAAAGGCUUCCUUAAACCCAUUGCAGCCAAUUAAGUGACAUGUAACAGAAAAUGCUCAAUAAACACUGGCUUAAAAUGUUAAA